AUGCCCAAAAGCCAAUUCCAAAAGUCCAACCUCUCCCUUGCAAUACAGAAAGCCGAUCAUGAACCCGACAACUCGCCGCUGACAUUACCCACCUUGAUUCAACAUGGCGAUCCCACGGUGUCGACAUCGGAAGAGGUCGGAAAGUCAGUACGCCCCGAGCUUUCGCCUUUGGAAACUAACUUUGUUUCUGAAAUGAACAAGAAGGCGGAAGUGGAAACAACCGAGCUUGCUGAUGACGAAUCUGCCGACGACGAUGAUGAUGAUGAUGAUGAUGAUGAUGAAUCGGUGGCACCCGAAAAUGAAGAAGAUCUCAAGGAUUACGUCCCUGGAGGGUACCAUCCAUGUUACAUUGGAGAGACAUACAAAAACAACAAGUACACCUUGGUCCGCAAGUUAGGUUGGGGCCAUUUUUCCACGGUGUGGUUGGCCAAAGACAACGAUAAAAAUUGCCAUGUGGCCAUGAAAGUAGUAAGAAGUGCAAAGCAUUAUACUGAAACAGCCAUAGACGAGAUCAAGUUGUUGGACAAGGUAACCACAUCAGACUUAAACCAUCCAGGUCAUCAGCAUGUCAUUCAAUUGUUGGAUACUUUCACUCAUAAAGGUCCCAAUGGAGUCCAUGUUGUCAUGGUAUUCGAAGUUCUCGGAGAGAAUCUUUUGGGCCUUAUACGGCGAUACAAACAUCGAGGAAUCCCCAUCGUAUUUGUUAAGCAGAUUGCAAAGCAGUUGUUGGCGGCACUUGAUUUUUUGCAUCGUCGAUGUGGAGUUAUUCACACUGACUUGAAACCCGAGAACGUUUUGAUCGAAAUUGGAGAUGUCGAGCAAAUUGUACGCAUGGUAGAGGAAGAAGAACACCAAGCAAAGCGUCAGAAAAGACUUCAGAGAACAAAGUCGAAAUCUGAACGACUGAGCACAACUACUACUCCUGCCAAAUCGGAAGCUAGUACUCCACAGCAAAAAGUCUAUGAUUCUAGUACUCCAGUCAACAAAUUCAACAGUCCUCCCUCAUUGGGUCGCAAUGGUCGAAGAUCCAGACGUCAGACUUUAAUCACCGGCUCACAACCACUUCCUUCUCCGUUGAGAACAUUCAACAAAUCAUUCACUAAUGUCUAUGGGUUAGCCAAUUCCACCGCCAACACUCCAUUGAGAGGCUCGUAUAAUAGUUCAAACAUGUCUGGUACUAAUGAGGCAGCAACUCCCGCUCCUCCAGUCACUGAGUUACCUGAGUUGGAUAAUGGGAGUGACGAACAUUUGCAUAAUUCACUUUCAUCGAUGACAAUCUCAAACGAUUUCCAAGGAAAGUUCGACUCCAAGCUUUCCGAAGCAUACGCAUACAACAAUGACACUUCAAAUGAAAACCUUGUCAUUAACGAGGACGAGCUCAUCUCAGUCAAAAUUGCAGACUUGGGAAAUGCUUGCUGGACCACCCACCACUUUACAGAUGAAAUUCAAACGAGACAAUAUAGAUCACCGGAAGUGUUGCUUGGUUACCAUUGGGGAUCACUGGCAGACUUGUGGUCAUUUGCCUGUUUGAUCUUUGAACUUUUGACAGGCGACUACUUGUUUGAUCCAAGAGAUGGAAAGACCUAUACUAAAGAUGAUGAUCAUAUCGCACAAAUUGUGGAACUAAUUGGCCCAUUUCCUCGAGCAAUGUUGAAAGAGGCUUACUACACCAGAGACUUUUUCAAUGUUCGUGGUGAAUUACAUCGAAUUCAGAAGCUCAAACCCUGGGGCUUGAAAGAUGUGCUCAUGGAAAAGUACAAGUUUGCAGUAAGUGAUGCCAUUGAGAUUGCAGACUUUCUCAUGCCCAUGCUUGCCUUACAACCAGAACUCCGUGCAGACGCUGGGGGCAUGGUCAAUCAUGAAUGGUUAAGCGAUGCUGUAGGUUUGGAGAACGUUGUUCUUGAACGGCCCGUGGGAGGCGCAGGUGAAGACCUUCCUGGAUGGUCCCGUGAGAUCUCUGCGCUGGCUCCAGGACACAAAUACCUAUAUGGUCACCAUCACUAA